AUGGCUUUCAAGCCCACUCAUGCACGGACCGCCGACGGCGAAAGGAAUGCCAAGAAGGGGAAGCACAGCAGCUACACGACCUCACAAACGAGCUUCAGCCGGCCAGCGGGCCGCCGCGUGCAGGCCCCCGCGCCCAUCGUCGACCGGCGAGAAGACGCCACGAUCGCGUUCAUCAAGGCGCACGCGGACCGCAAGGACAAACUGCUCGUUUCCUCGGAGCGGCCGCACCUCCGCGUCCGUGCCGACGCCAUGCGCUCCCUGACCGUGCCCCUGUCCCAGGACGGGCCGGAGCGGAAGAUUUCCGGCGUUGUCCUGGACGCGUACCUCGAACUGCUCCGCCGCCGCCAGGGCGCCGAGCACGACAAGAACGCCCGCCGCGUCCUCCUGCUGGGAGUCGAGGAGCAGGACUGGCUCGAGUACCUGGGCUCCCUGGCAAGAACGGACGAACGCCUCACGGACCAGGACGCCGCCGACGUGGCGGCGACGGCCGCUAGGUACCUCCAGAGCGACAUGGUGUUCUUCCUGGUGAACCACAGGGAGCACUUCUUCGUCGCGGUGCUCAACUUCGCCAAGGCCGAGUACCAGGUGCUGGACUCCGGGAACUAUGCGCGGUACAACGGCCUACGGUUCUACGAGGAGGCGUUGUCCAAGAUACGGGAUGGCGUGCGGCGGUGCAUGGAGGAGGUCGGCCGGGCACACGUUGCCGGAUGGAGAGUGCGUCUGGAGCCGGGCCUCCCGGAGCAGAACGACGAGUCGUCGUGCGGCUUGUUCGCGCUGAAGUGGAUGGAGCUGUGGGACGGGGAGGAGCUGGCGCGGAGUUUCUCCAUGGACGACGUGCACGCGUUCCGGAAGAAGCUGGCCGAGGAGCUCGUCUUCUCCGAGCUGAAUGAGAUGCAGGACGUGAAAGAGCAGAUCGAAUCGAAGAUGACGUAG